AUGUCUUCAGAAUCAAAAAGCUGCGCCAUACACAUGGAGUCGACUUCUCCGGCUGAUCUCAAAAUUGGCGGAAAGGAUGAGAAUGAUGGGCUUGGUACGCCGAGCACUAUUAUUGAGGAUGAAACUAACAAGCGAUUGCUACGAAAAAUUGAUAUGCGUCUAAUGCCUGUGAUGUGCUUUACGUAUGCGCUUCAAUAUUACGACAAGGCACUCCUGAGCCAGGCGGCUAUCUUCGGGCUUCGAGAUGACUUGGACCUUCAAAGCGGCCUAAGAUACUCGUGGGUGUCUUUGAUCUUUUACUUCGGCUACAUGGCCGGCUGCUACCCGAUCACUUGGGUUUCCCAGAAGUUUACGGUGGCUCGAGUCUGCCCCAUCAUAUGUAUUCUGUGGUCCGCAAUAGUUCUCUGCACCCCCGCCUGCUCCACAUACACCGGUAUCUUGAUCAACCGUUUCAUGCUGGGCGUGAUCGAGAGCGGAGUAUCACCCGCGUUCAUGCUCUGCACAGGGACGUGGUAUACACAUCCUGAGCAGGUGUUACGCUCUUCAUUGUGGUACUCAUUCAGCGGAGGCUCGAAUAUCAUAUCACCGCUUAUCAACUACGGCCUCGGCCACAUAACCAGCGGCUCCUUGCAUCCGUGGCAGUACAUGUACCUCAUUGCGGGUUUGGCAACUCUAGCAUGGGGCAUAGCACUGUUCUUCAUGUUCCCAGGAAGCCCUCAAACAGCGAAGGGGUUCACAGCGGAGGAACGUAUGUUGCUACUGGAGAGAGUUCGUGCGAACAACGCCGGCGCAGAAAGCCGAGCUUUCAAGGGGUACCAGUUUCGCGAGGCGCUUUGCUCGUAUCAUUUCUGGGGUAUAUUUCUCCUGUCGAUCCUGUCUAGCAUUGGUAGUGGAGCGGUCACUACAUUCGGGUCCAUUAUCUUCAACGGCAUGGGGUUCUCUACCUUUGAGUCUCUACUGCUUAACAUUCCGAUCGGUGCUUUAGCUUUCAUCUGUGUCCUAGGAUCAGGGUACAUUGGCCGGAAGUACCCCAACGCACGCCUCCAUACAGUUUCAGCAUCAUGUAUUCCGGUUAUCGUUGGAGGUUGCAUGCUUUGGAGGCUUCCAUCUUCAAUGACCGCUGCCAGAAUUGUUGGUUUCUACCUUAUUAACUUCUUUUCCGCGGCCUGGAUACAGUGUAUUGCCAUGGGUACCUCUAAUGUAGCAGGAUACACCAAGAAGGCGACUAUGGCUGCCGGGACCUUUAUAGGAUAUUCCCUGGGCAAUAUUAUUGGACCUUUGACUUUCGACGCAAGAUACGCACCGCGAUAUGACCCCGGGUUCGAGGCUCUGAUCAUAUGUUUCGCCAUCGCUUUGGUCUUAUCCCAGGUUUUCCGCGCGCUCAUGGCUCUGCAGAAUCAUAGGCGGGACCAAAGGUUUGGCCCUCCUACUGCGGAAUGCGGAUUGCAAGAUCUCACAGACAAGGAGAACAAGUCAUUCCGGUAUCCUCUUUGA